AGCAAGCCAACAGUGACAGGUUGUGAGAGUGUGUUUGUGCGCUCCGUGACAAGUUAUGCGGAACCUGUGCCUCCUCCUCGGCAUGUCUGUGUUGUGGCUUCCUAUUUACUGAAACUUCUUAAAGGAGGUUCACACUGAGACACUGAGGCAGCGGAGCGACUGGGGGGCUGACAGUGAGUGUGUGUGUGUGCUGAGAGGCGGGAGGUGAGCAGGUACACGGUCAGUCAGCAUGACUGCAACACACACAGACCAACUGCUGGUAUCAAAUUAGAGUGAAUAGAUUUUAACUAUGAAUUUAUUAUAGCUUUUUUGUCGGUCAGUGUUGAUAUGAAGUAGGCGUGAGUGCUUUUUUAUGACUUCUUUGUUUUAUUUUUCGCUUCUUUGUUAUUGACUUUGCGCGCGAGGCUAAACUAGCUUUGUAAAGAUGAAGUUUAACGGUUAUCUGAAGCUCCGGAUCGGAGAGGCGGUGGACCUGAAGCCGACCACCUUCUCCCUCCGACACUCUGUCAUCUUCAACAAAGCCCCCCCGGCCCUGGACCCCUACAUGGUGGUGAAGGUGGACGAGGUCAAAAUCGGACAGACUCUCACCAAACAGAAAACCAACACGCCGACAUUCAACGAGGAGUUUUGCCUGAACGUGAACGACGGGAAACAGAUCGAGCUGGCGGUUUUCCACGACACUCCAAUCGGAUAUGAUGACUUUGUGGCCAACUGCAUCAUCCUGUUUGAGGAGCUCAUCAAAACCUCCAACACAGAGGAGACUUUCGAGGGAUGGAUGGACUUGGAGCCAGAGGGCAAAGUCUUCAUCCAUAUUACACUCACUGGAUCCUUCACUGAUGAUGAUGCCAUAGUGAAUAAGAAGACCUACAAGCAGUUUACAAGGAAGCGACAGGGGGCUGUGAAACGGAGGAUCCACCAAGUCAACGGACACAAGUUCAUGUCCACUUUUCUCCGUCAACCCACCUUCUGUUUCCACUGCAAAGAGUUUAUCUGGGGUGUGUUUGGAAAACAGGGUUACCAGUGCCAAGUCUGCACCUGCGUGGUUCACAAACGAUGCCACCAGCAGGUCGUCACUGUGUGUCCACGCAUGAAGAAGCCAGCAAAGGACCAGCCCAUAACCCAAGGCUUCAGCAUCAACGUGCCUCACAUGUUCAACAUCCACAACUACAAGUCGCCCACUUUCUGUGACCACUGUGGCUCCCUGCUGUGGGGAAUAGUCCGGCAGGGGCUGCACUGUAAAAUCUGCAAAAUGAACGUUCACAUCCGCUGCAGAAGCAACGUCGCUCCCAACUGUGGGGUCAACAGUGUGGAACUGGCCAAUACGCUUGCAGCGAUGGGUCUGCAGGCUGGAGGACUCGCUAAACGCAACUCAGUGGCCAAAAGUGCAGGUGAGAUGAGGACGCCCUCUGAAAGGAAGGGGAGUACGGCCACUCAGCAGGAGACCCCUCGGCUGGGCAUCUCAGACUUCACGUUUCUUCAAGUCCUCGGCAAGGGCAGUUUUGGCAAGGUGAUGCUGGCGAGACUAAAUGGCAAAGAUCGGGUUUUCGCGGUCAAGGUGUUGAAGAAGGACAUCAUUUUGCAAGACGAUGAUGUGGAGUGUACCAUGACAGAAAAGAGGGUGCUGUCACUGGCCCGCUGUCACCCCUACCUCACACAGCUGUACUGCUGUUUCCAGACGCCGGACCGUCUCUUCUUUGUGAUGGAGUUUGUGAAUGGUGGCGAUCUUAUGUUCCACAUCCAGAAGUCCAGGAAGUUCGAGGAGCCCAGAGCACGGUUCUACACAGCAGAGAUAACCUCCGCUCUCAUGUUCCUGCACACCAAAGGCAUCAUCUACAGAGAUCUAAAACUGGACAAUGUCCUUCUGGACAAAGACGGUCACUGUAAGCUGGCGGACUUUGGCAUGUGCAAAGAGGGCAUAUUUGAAGGCGUGGCCACGGGAACUUUCUGUGGGACCCCGGAUUACAUUGCCCCUGAGAUCCUGCAGGAGAUGCUGUAUGGGCCCUCUGUUGAUUGGUGGGCUCUCGGGGUGCUGCUGUACGAGAUGCUGUCGGGACACGCCCCCUUCGAGGCCGAAAACGAAGACGACCUCUUUGAAUCCAUCCUCAAUGAAGAGAUUGUUUAUGCGUCUUGGCUCAGCGCUGAAGCAGUGAAUAUACUCAAAGCUUUCUUGACCAAAAACCCGGGUCGACGUCUGGGCUGCGUGGCCUCAGAUGGUGGAGAGAGCGCUGUGACCAGCCACCCCUUCUUCAUUGGCAUCGAUUGGGAGAAGCUGAAUCGUAGAGAAAUAGAGCCGCCCUUCAAGCCCAGGAUCAAAACACCAGAGGACGUCAACAACUUUGACCCAGAUUUUACUCAGGAAGAGCCCACCCUCACUCCCAUCGAAGACCCUCUGAUCCCUUCCAUCAACCAGGAAGAGUUUCGUAACUUCUCCUUCACCUCGCCUGAACUGCUGGAGAGCUAAGGGUCUCCUCAUUGGUCCACUAGUCAUCCUGCACUCUGACUCGUCUCGGUGUCUGUGGCUUUGUCUAUGACAGUUCCCAGCUGUACAUACAGUAUGAUGCUGCCACAUUCCCCAGAGACAUGAGGGUGCAAAGUGCCGAGAAGUCACGCUUCAAAAGAUCCAGGGAUGAACCUGAUGAACUCUUAAGCACUCCUGUAAUUCCCCCAAAAAGUGGCACGUGAUCAGCUUUUGAAAUGACAUUUAAUUUUGAUUGCGUGACGGCUCGAUUUGGACACCUUCGUGCAAGUGUCUGUGUGGAAGUUGUGUAUUUUGAUAUGUGUUGUAAAAUGUUUUAACGAAAGUGCCCAACCUCAGAAUUCUAGUGUACAUUUUGCUCUGAAUGAGUUCUAGUUAAAUGAAAAAGCACUUUUUGGAGCGCAAGGGCAUGGUCUGUGUUUCAUUUUUGCCCUGGCGCUGUCCAGAGACAACAAGAAAUCCAGAGUCACUUUUAACCAGCCUGCCAGAGAUUCCCAGAAAAAUUGAGCUGCCAGUUAAAAUCCUGGAAGGACUGAGUGAGCAGAUGAAAUAGUUUCUCAAUGAUGUGACCCCGCUGUGGAAAAAAGCAAACACUCACAGACUGACAAACACUGCAUACAUGAUAGCCGAAUCCCUACACUUUCAGAAUAAAGGAUAAAACUUCUUUAUUUUUCAACCUGAACCCUAUUUUCUGAUGUUUUUAUGUCAGAGGGACUAAUGGGAACAACAGUUUUUUUGAAAUUGGUCCAGUAUUGAGCGCAGCAGCUGCAAAACGGGCUACAAUGUAAUCCUUUGAAACAUGUUGGCACCAUAAUUUCACGUCCACUAAAAAUGCUUGUUUUUGCCACAGACAUGCUCAGAUUGUUAUUUUAAGUGUCUGAAAAUGUUAUGGAAAGGACCCUACAGAGAAAAUUAAUAUUUUUCUUUGUCUCUUGUUGAUUCGGUCUGUUUGUUGUUGUCCUCCUGCAGCAACUCAACUUGUGAGAUGACCCUGUCAGUGGCAAGAACAAGCACCUUUAGUGGACGUAUAUUGACAGUGUGCUGUUGUCCUGAAGGAUUACAUUGUAGUCUGUUUCGUAGCUGCCAGCUGCAAGUGCAGGACCAUUUUAGAAAACUGUUCCUAUAGUCACAUUGACACAAAAAACCCACAGGGAAACAGGAUCCAGGUUGAAAAAUACAGAAGUGUCUCUGUAAAUGAGGCUUGAAAAGCAGCUGUGCAGCUUUUUUCAGGGCAUUACAAAAAGUUAAAUAAUGUUAAACAUUACAUUAGGUGAAGUUCUUGACUGAAUGUAAAUUUUGAAAGGAUAAUUUGUCUAACUAGCUGCAGUCAUUUUCAGACAAUAAAUGAUGCAUGUUUGACCCA